ACCUAAGUGAAAAAAGUGCAAAACAUCAAAAUAUCCAGAGUUUAAUUGUUUAAGGUUGUCACAUCAAUCACAAAUAAUGAGCUCUCAUGCAGAGGAGAAGUCGUCACAUACAGAAAAAGAACAUAAAAGAAAAUCUGCAACUGUUGAAGACGUUAAUCCAGAACGUGUGCAUUCAGCAAACAACUGGGAAAAUGUGGAUCUUGGAGGUGAUGAGAGGAAAAAGAAAUUUUUACGUUUGAUGGGUGCAGCUAAAAAAGAUCACCAUGGCAAAAUAAUCAUUGGAGACCAUGAAGCUGUCCAUACUAGAUCAAAGGAUGAGACUGUACAUAUUACUGAAGACUUAGAAGAACAGUUUAAUCAGGGACUAGAGCACAAGCUAGCCAGUGGGUUCAAAGGUCAUUUAGGGCUGGGAUUUCACAAAGAGGACGAAAAAAAGGAGGGCGAAGAAACAAAGGAAAGUGAGGAGAGUGGUGUCAUUGCAAAGGAAGAUAACUCUGGGGAAGACAGUGUCCCAGAUACAAAGAGCACAGACGGAAGUGAAAAUUCUAAAGAAUCACCUCAAAAGCACAAAUUAGAGAGUGAUGAAAAACAAGAUGAAACUGUGAAAAAGAAAAUGAAGAUGAAUUUUGUUAAAGCUAGUUCAUGAAACUUUGAAAAAUUGUUUCAUAAAAUGAAAAAGCAUAAUUGCUGCAUAAAUAAAAACUGUUAAUUGUGACCCCAGAAUUGUUCUAAGGUCAAGUCCCUUGACAUUUUGUUAUUGACAAUGAAUGACAUGAUUUUAUUGUUAGAUAUUGUUGAAGGACUUGUACAAUGACUACAGCAGGACAUGUAUAAUUAUUUUUUUUUUACACUGAAGUGUCAUAACUUAAACCAUGCCAUACCAAAAAUGUGUAUCAUUAAAUGCUGUGCUCUUGUACAUUGAAUCAUAAAUUGCUUAGCAGUGUCAUUUUGCAUUAAAAAAUUCAUCUGUUUGUUGUCAA